ACUGCCUUCAUUUUUAUCUGCAUGAGAUUGAAGUUGAAGUUCCAUCACUUCUUUUUCAUUACAGAACUAGGGUUUCACUUGUGCAUUUGAGGCCCUCAGGUUCUUUUGCUUGCUGUUUUCUUUCCGUAUAUAUACAGAAAGAAAGAGAGAGAAGGAACAAAGGGUUCUUUCUGCUAUUCCUUAAAGAUGGCAAUAAUAAGCACUCACCCUCCUUUGGCAUUUGCGUUUGGCAUCUUAGGUAACAUUAUCUCAAUUUUGGUAUACCUGGCUCCAGUGCCGACAUUUUAUCGAAUUUACAGAAAGAAAUCCACUGAAGGUUUCCAAUCACUGCCAUAUCUUGUGGCAUUAUUCAGUUCAAUGCUUUGGCUCUAUUAUGCAAUGCUCAAAAAGGACGUUUUCCUUCUUGUCACCAUCAACGCAUUUGGAUGUGUCAUUGAGACUAUAUACAUUAUCAUGUAUAUCAUUUAUGCAACAAAAAAAAACAGGGUCUCAACUUUCAAAGUUCUUACUUCAAUGAACUUGGGUUUAUUUGCUUUUAUCAUCCUCUUCUCACAUUUUCUAGUGAAGAGCUCAGUUCGUGCCCAAGUUCUUGGUUGGAUUUGUGUUGCAGUUUCUGUUUGUGUCUUUGCAGCACCCUUAAGCAUUGUGGCACAAGUUAUUAAAACAAGGAGUGUUGAGUUCAUGCCAUUCAAUUUGUCAUUUUUCCUUACAUUGAGUGCAAUCAUGUGGUUUGCCUAUGGCCUCUCCACCAAGGACACGUGUGUUGCUCUCCCAAACGUUUUAGGGUUCAUCUUGGGACUACUUCAGAUGGUGUUAUAUGUAAUCUACAGGAAAGCAAAGAAGGUUAUUUUGGAAGAAAAGCUACCAGAACAUCUAAAGACUAUUGUCGUACUAAGCACAUUAGGCAACUCUGAGGUGUACCCAUUUGAUAAUAUUGAACCCGAAUCCAAGCAAGAAGCAAAACAGCAAGAACAGAUAGAUGAGGAUAAGAAGAAGAAUAACGAUAACAAUGAGAAAAGCAUGCAAGCUUCAAAUGAUUUCAACCCAAACAAUGAAAAUUCAGUUUGAGUCACACAUGUGCUUGUCAAAAUUAAAAUUUCCCUUUAAAUGUUGUACACUUUCUUUUUUCUUUUCGAUCACAAAUGUAACUCUCUUGCCCAUGUAAAAGCAUAAAAGAAGAGCAAUUUUCA